CUAUGGCCCGGGGAGCGGGGGGGGGACGCUGACGUUGCGGGUGACGUCGAGGGCCCGUGGCGCGGCUCGGCGGCGGGCCGCGGGAGCGGCCUGGUGACGUCAUGACCGCACGGGGCGCCAUGCUGGGUGAUGCCGUGGCCCCGUGACGUCGUGGCCGUGGGAGGGCAAAUUGCCUCCUUGGGUGAUAUCAUGGCUGCUGGGCGUGCCUCGGGGACUCAACCCUGUGCUGACGUCACAGGGCUGACGUCACACCCCCCGCCCCGCCCUCCUCCGCCAUGGCGGCCGCCCCCCGCCCGGCCCUGCAGCAGGAGCGGCAGCGAGCGGCCGACAUCAUCCGCCUGCUGACGCUCUACCGGCCCCUGCUCGACGCCUACGUCAUCGAUUUCUUCGCCGAGGGUUUGUGGGCGCAGCUCCCCCCGCCCUGGCAGGCCGCCCUGGCCACCGCCGCCCCCCCGCAGCUGGCCGGGCUCCUGGGGGGCCGGGGGGGGGCCCCGGGGGCUACUUGGCCCCUCUCCCUCCUGGCCUUCGCCGCCGCCGCCCGGGCCCUCGCCUUCCCCCGGGGGCAGCCGGGGGGGGCCCCGCGCCCCCCCUGCCACAGCGCCCGCCUGCACCCCCUGCUCCGCCGCCACGUCAAGCCCAAAAAGCAGCACGAGAUCCGGCGCCUGGGGAAGCUGCUGCAGCGGCUGAGCCAGGCCACCGGCUGCGACCACGUGGUGGACGUCGGAGCGGGGCAGGGCCACCUCUCACGCUUCCUGGCCUUCGGCCUCGGUUUAUCAGUCACGGCGCUGGAGGGUGACGGCCGCCUGGCCAGCGCGGCGGAGCGCUUCGACCAGGAGCUGCUACGGCAGCUGGGUAAAACGGGGGCCCCCCCGGAAAACGAGGGGCCCCCCCGGCUCUGCCAGAACCGCCCCCGCUGCCCCCCCCCAGCUCCUCUCACCCCCCGGUGCCCGCGCCAUGUAGCCGGCCGCUUGGACCCCAAGAUUCCUUGGGGGGAGUUCCUGCUGCCCCCCGAUCCCCCGGGACCGGGACCCGCUGCCCGGAAUCCUUUGGGGGGUCCGGGGGGGUGCGAGGGGGGGUCCCGGCUGCUGGUGACGGGGCUGCACGCCUGCGGGGACCUCAGCCCAGCCCUCCUGCGCCUCUUCGCCCGCAGCCCGGCCGUGGCCGCCGUCGCUUCGGUAGCCUGCUGCCACAUGAAACUGUCCACCCAACCCCGGGGUGAGCCCCUGGGCUACCCGCUGAGCGCUUGGGUAGCCGGAUUACCUGGCCACCAACUUUCUUACCGGGCUCGGGAAGGUGCCUGUCACGCCUUGGAGGAAUACGCGGGGCGGCUGGCGGGGGAGAGCGGCUGCUUGCGCACCCACUGCUACCGCGCCGUCCUCGAGACCCUCAUCCGAGCCGCCGACCCCGGCAAGAAGCGCCUGGGGGUGCAGACGGUGAAGAAAGCGCACGCCCUCAGCUUCCCCCAGUACGCCCGCCUGGGGCUGCCCCGCGUGGGGCUGGACCCGGCCGCCGUCCCGUUGGACUCGGAAGCCGUGGUGGCCAUGUUGGAGCAGCAGCACAAAGUGGUGGCUUUUUUCAGCCUGACCCUGCUGCUGGCCCCGCUGGUGGAGACCCUCAUCCUCCUCGACCGCCUGCUCUACCUGCGGGAGCAAGCAGGUUUCCAGUGCGCCCUCGUUCCCCUCUUCGACCCCCAGUUCUCCCCCCGCAACCUGGUGCUGGUGGCCGCGCGGACCCCGCUGGGCACGGUGCUGUCGGGCCUGGAUGAGGACAGCAGCGAGGAUGAGGAGAAGGGGGUGACGGAGCCCCCCGGAGAGGGGCAGAGCCCCCCAGCUCCCGCUGCCGGGCGCAAACCACAAUAAAACCGGGAUUUGAACAA